AUGUGUACCAGCUUGACCACUUGCGAGUGGAAGAAAGUCUUCUAUGAGAAGAUGGAGGUAGCAAAGCCGGCUGACAGCUGGGAACUCAUCAUAGACCCCAAACUCAAGCCCAACGAGCUGGCUCCUGGCUGGAAGCAGUACCUGGAGCAGCACGCCUCAGGCAGGUUCCACUGCUCGUGGUGCUGGCACACCUGGCAGUCGGCCCACGUGGUCAUCCUCUUCCACAUGCACCUGGACCGCGCCCAGCGGGCGGGCUCGGUGCGCAUGCGCGUCUUCAAGCAGCUGUGCUACGAGUGCGGCACCGCACGCCUGGAUGAGUCGAGCAUGCUGGAGGAGAACAUCGACAGCCUGGUGGACAACCUCAUCACCAGCCUGCGCGAGCAGUGCUACGAAGAGGACGGCGGCCAGUACCGCAUCCACGUGGCCAGCCGCCCCGACUGCGGGCAGCACCGCAGUGAGUUCUGCGAGGCCUGCCAGGAGGGCAUCGUGCACUGGAAGCCCAGCGAGAAGCUGCUGGAGGAGGAGGCGACCACCUACACCUUCUCUGAGGCCUCCAACUCGAGGGCCCAGGCGGGCUUGGGCUACAACUUCUUCUCCCUUCGCUGGUGCCUCUUGUGGGCCUCCCUCUGCCUGCUCAUCGUCUACCUGCAGUUCUCCUUCCGCAGCUCUGCCUUCCUUUAG